AUGCUUAAUAAAUUAGAAUUUAACAAUUUGGUGAUUACCAACAAGAAGAUCAUCCAACAAGCGCGCUCGCAAACAAUUGCGAAGCUGGUGCAAAAGUUGCGCAAAUUGAAGGAGGCACUGCAGAAGCAGCCGGAGAAUGUCAAGCACAAGGAGCGACUACGAAGGAAUGUGGAGUGCAUGGCACAGUUGAAGGCGCUCAAGCGUGCAGAGCUGAUGCGUUCGCUAUUGCUGCUAGAUAAUAGACACAAUGCUGUGCUGACGAAUGGACGCGCAACACCUGAUGAAAAGGCGAUUGCCAUGUUGGCUCUCAACAAAAAGAUGCAACAAUUGGUAGCCAAAUUUCGUGAGAACUUGAAGCUGAGCGCAGACCCCGAUGCCAAAUGGCGUACGGAUAUAUUGGAGACGAGCAAGCGGCGCAUCAAACUAGAUCGGACCGAGGAGAAGCGCCGCAGACGCAAAGAGCUCAAGGAGCAGAAGGCGCUGAACCGCAAUAGACUGGAAUGGUUGAAUGAACACAAGCCAUCGGCGGAUGUCAUAACAUCGGAAGUGUUGGAAACCCCACAGCCAGAAAUAAAUGAUGAGAAGCCAACCGGCAGCAAGCCAGACAAAUUGGAGAAACAGCAAACAGUGCAGGAUAAAUCGAAGAAACCUAAAACUGACACAAAGCACGGAGGGAUCAAUCAAAAGCCCAAUGUGGGAGUGCAGCAGCAGCAAAUGGACAUCAAUCAAAAACCCCAGCAAAAGCAAAGGGAGAUCAAUCAAAAACCCAAAGUACAAAGGGAGUUUAAUGAAAAGACCAAAAAAGCCAGACCAGACAGGUGGGGAGGAUCAACGCAGCGGGAGAGUAAUGAUAAGCCCCAAGAAGACAAUCCACAACAAGGGCUUAAUAAUAAUAAAUCCAAAAGGCCGAAGCAAGAGGAUAAGCAGAGACCCACAUAUGUGGUCGAUCCGUUUUUCAUUACGGAAUCGGGUCAGCCAUAUUUAUCGACUGCCGUUGUGCUCUCCGGUGAUAGUCAUAAUGAAUCCGAUGCAGAUGAUGAUAAUCACAUGGCGCAGCGAACACGCAAGCCGCCGAUCAAAAGGCAGGAAUACAAUGAGAGACGUCCGCAUAAUGACAGACAUCCCUCUUGGCUAGCCAAGGAGCAACAGAAACCAAUUAUAACCAGCUUCAAGGGAACGAAAACAAAGUUCAGCGAUGAUGGCAACGCAGCAGAAACAACGAUAGCAGCUCCAUCUGCUGGCAAGGAGGAGAGUGCAGCGGGCAUGCAUCCAUCGUGGAUAGCCAAGCAGCGACUGAAGCCGAAGAUCGCCGCUUUUGCAGGCACCAAAAUAAAAUUCGAUGAUGAUUAAAAUGUAUAUUAAGGUUACUUUUACUUUUAACAGUAGGUGGACCAGCACAAUAAAUGAUCCUUAGCCAUCCA